AUGAUAUCAGAGGACGAGGAUGAGAGCUUGGCUCAAUUCGAUCCUCAAAACAUAGGUGCUCUUCGAGGUCUCCAACCAGGGAUAAAGAAGAAAAUUGGAGCAUUGCAAUUAGAAGAAGUUGCUGAGAUAAAGAGAACUGCUAAAAUAGGAAAUGAGGCAGCAACUAAAAUACUGGCCAAGCAGCUAAUUAGGCUUAGGCAACAUAUAUCUAACUUGCAAGGAAGUAGCUCUCAAAUGAGAGCAAUAGCAACUCAUACACAAGCAAUGCACGCCCAGUCAUCAGUUGUUGUUGGCAUGAAAGGUGCUAGUAAGGCAAUGGCAACUAUGAAUAAGGUUGGACUAAUUUAG